CUCGCGAACACUCUGGUGUCUUAGCAACCAGUGUGUUUGAACUCCAAGUUUCAGACGGGAGCAAAUCCUCAACUAAAUGGUAGCCACCGCUGUGAGCCAAAAUGCGUAAAACUGAACUACUUUCAAUGCGCCUCGCCAGAGCAAGUCUGGAGAAGCGUCACAACAUAGAGACUGAAAGAAAAGAAAGAAUUUUUAAUGAGAAACUGAGGACGAUUGGGGUUGACAAGGAAGCCCUAGAUGAGCAGGUGAAAGAGAAAAGGGAACAAGUAGAAGCUGCAAAAAAGGAACAAAACGCCUAUGAUGCUGAUAUGCUCCAUUAUGGCAAAGUAGCUUGCAUUCUCGACAGCCGCCAAAUGAAGGAGAAGCGUGCACUGGAAAAAGCCAUUGUUGCCUACAGGCAGAAGUACCAGCAGCCUGAAGAUCGACAGGAGUAUGAUCUGAAUGAUCCCGGCCGUGUUAAAAAAAUAGAGCAGAAUGAUGCACAGAUGAUGCCUCCUGGCCUGGUGGGUGAAGACCCAGAAAGUAAGGUCAGGCUGCAGAACCAGAGGGAACAGCUCAGAGAGUGGCUCACCCAGCAGCAGACUGAGCAGGCGGUGGAAAGGCAUCGACAACAGCUGGAAGAGCAGCGUUAUGACCAAAGCAGAGUAGAAAUGGACAACAGAGUUGUGCAACUUCAGAGCCUUGAGAUAGAAAGGAGAAAGGCAGCUGCCAUCGCCACUAAAGACUUCAAUCGGUCUAUGGCUGAAGAAAAGCGGCGUCAAGACAAGCAAAUCAAUAGUAGGCAAAGCCAGUUUCAAGGUACCCCGAGUACGGAGGCCGUGCCCGGCCUGAGUCCCAGCAGUGACAGGAGGACACCUCCUGAGAGCCUGCAGCAGAUCAUUCAAAUCCAGAAAUAUCAAAUAGAGGAGAAGAGGAGAAAAGAACUGGAGAAGAAACAAGAAGAAGAGUGGCACGAUCGCGUGCGCCUGAACUCAGCUCGUACCACUCUGCUUAUUGAGAGGCAGCAGGCACGAAUGAACAGGCAGCUGAGGCGAGACCUGGACAGCGCCAACGCCCAGCUGGCCGAAACACACAAACAACAGAAACCAGACAUUAAAAGAGGACGUAUUGAUGACAGCUUCUUCUCCAAGUUCAACACCUGCAGCAGAUGAGGGGUGAUGCACUGCUCUGAUACCAGUGAUGGUGUUGCAUAAAAAGAACAAUGAAUAAACGGAAUAUCACAGUGAAUAAACAGCUGCUUUUAUGUGAAAUGUAGUUCAGAACAUUCAUGUUUGCAUGAUUUGAAAAAUGUUGAUUAAAUUUCAGAUACUGCUUUAAAAAGUAGCCUCUGAAAGA